AUGGCCACCAAAGGGCAGGUUGAUCUUCUCUUAAAGCUAGACCAAGCAAAAACUCAGUUCUACCACAUCAAAGCUGUGAUAAUCUCUGGCAUGGGAUUCUUCACUGAUGCUUACGAUCUUUUUUGCAUCUCUCUGGUGACCAAACUACUUGGCCGCAUAUAUUACCAAGUUGAAGGAUCCCCAGAACCAGGUAUUUUGCCUCCUAAUGUAGCUGCUGCCGUUAAUGGAGUAGCACUAUGCGGAACUCUUGCUGGACAACUCUUCUUUGGGUGGCUUGGUGACAAGAUUGGUCGCAAACGUGUCUAUGGCAUCACGCUUAUGCUGAUGGUGAUAUCUUCCAUUGGUUCCGGCCUUUCUUUUGGGAGUUCGCCGAAAACAGUUAUGGCUACUUUGUGUUUCUUUAGGUUUUGGCUUGGUUUUGGGAUCUGA